AAGGCUGGAAGCAAGCACCACACAGCUCUGGUCCCUUCUCUUGCCGUGGAUCUGUCCAAUUCCUGCCUUACCUCUCGCAAAUUCAGGCCGCUUCAGACCUGGGCGAGUCAGGAGGGGACCCUCCGCACCAUCGUAUCAUCUCCUUGGCACAAUGGUGGGGCAGGAAGAGCUUGGAUAAACAAGACAGUCUCUCUCCUGGAAGGAAUGGCCAGGGCUUGGCUCUAAGGAAGCACCCCUCUUUCUCUGCCGCCGCCGCUGCUGCUGCGCCUUCAAAGGAUAUUCUACCUGGCACCGUGUCAACAAGAUCUCUGGGCGAAAACCCUUCCUCUCUGCUUGUAUAUGGCAAAGUUUCUCGCGGUGCUUCUGGGCUGCACAUUGCCGGGCAAGGGACACUCCCCCAUGUUCGAGUCCAGAAGCCAGUCCCGUAUUGGCCUGAAGCAAAGCGCCAAGCAGAAGACCUCCCCUUUCAACUCUUUGGCCAAUGAAAAGUCCCUGUUUGACUGCAAAAGGGAAAACAUGCCGCAGACUCCUCCCUUUGCAGCGAUGUUUGACAGCAGCGGUUACAACCGAAACCUGUAUCAGGCCAAAGAGGACAGCUGUGGAGGGCUCUAUUACCAUGAAAACAACUUGCUGUCAGGAUCCUUGGAAGCCCUCAUCCAGCACUUAGUGCCCACUGUUGAUUACUACCCUGAUAGAACAUACAUCUUUACCUUCCUGCUCAGCUCUCGGCUCUUCGUCCACCCUUACGAGUUAAUGGCAAAAGUUUGCCAUUUGUGCAUUGAGCAGCAGAGACUGGAUGAGCCCACAGCCGAUAAAAACCGGUUACGGAAAAUUGCCCCCAAAAUUCUGCAGUUGUUAACGGAGUGGACGGAGACGUUUCCUUAUGAUUUUCGAGAUGAGCGGAUGAUGAGGAAUUUGAAGGAACUGGCCCAUCAGAUUGCCAGUGGGGAUGAGAUGUACCGGAAAAAUGUGCAGCAAAUCAUCCAGAAUCUCAUUCGUAAGCUGGCCUCCCUUAGCCAGUACGAGGAGGUGCUUGCCAAAAUCAACGCGAGCUCGACGGACCGGCUGACAGUCCUGAAGACCAAACCCCAGGCCAUUCAGAGGGAUAUCAUCACCGUCUGCAGCGACCCUUACAUGCUAGCCCAGCAGCUGACUCACAUAGAGCUAGAGAGGCUCAACUACAUUGGACCACAGGAGUUUGUCCAGGCAUUUGUACAAAAGGACCCGCUGGAUAACGACAAGAGCUGCUAUGGUGACCGGAAGAAGGCGCGGAACCUGGAAGCCUACGUAGAAUGGUUCAACAGGCUCAGUUACUUAGUUGCCACAGAAAUAUGCAUGCCUGUGAAGAAAAAGCAUCGAGCGAGGAUGAUAGAGUACUUCAUCGACGUGGCCCGGGAGUGCUUUAACAUUGGCAACUUCAACUCAUUAAUGGCCAUUAUUUCUGGAAUGAAUAUGAGCCCUGUCUCCAGGCUAAAGAAAACCUGGUCAAAAGUCAAGACGGCCAAAUUCGACAUUCUUGAGCAUCAAAUGGACCCUUCCAGCAAUUUUUACAAUUACCGCACAGCUCUGCGUGGAGCAGCUCAGAGGUCUUUGACAGCACACAGCAACAGAGAGAAGAUCGUCAUCCCUUUCUUCAGCCUGCUUAUCAAGGACAUUUACUUCCUCAACGAGGGCUGCGCCAACCGCCUGCCCAACGGUCACGUCAAUUUCGAAAAAUUUUGGGAACUGGCUAAACAAGUGAGUGAGUUUAUGACGUGGAAACAAGUUGAGUGCCCUUUUGAAAGAGACCGGAAAAUCCUUCCAUACCUGCUCACCGUCCCAGUCUUCAGCGAGGAUGCACUUUACUUGGCUUCCUACGAGAGCGAAGGCCCCGAGAACCACAUUGAAAAAGACAGAUGGAAGACUCUCAGGUCAACGCUUCUUGGAAGGGUUUAAUCCAUGACUGGCUUCCUGCUGCUGCUGCUGCUGCUGCUGUUGCUGUGCUGACGUGGAUUAUUUUUUUAAUUGAAGGCCAUUAUUGAUGUCACUUAUUUAUUUAUUUUCCCCCUCCUCCCCCUCCCUCCCUCUUUAAAUCAAGUGACAUUUUAAGUUAUAAGAGCUGUGCAGCUAGUUAAGACAUGUCAGGACUUUAUUAAACUUAAGGAACAACCGCAAGUUAACUCGAGAACAAGCAGACCGGCUUCUCAAACCUGAUGGAUCAUCAGAUUAAGUGACUGGUUUGUUUUGGGUGAUUGAUCAAAAGACAGCGAUGAGGAAAAAACCGUUUGAAGAUCUGACUCUUCUUUGAAUCAUUUCAAAACACCUGGAUGGGAUUCCAUCACCACCUUUAAAAAAAAACUUUCACAUCGCUGCUCCUUUGUAUUAACAACUUGCUGCUACUUGUGGGCUGGAGUCGCGAACAAACUUUCAUUGCAACUGCUGGCAUCUCGUUUUUCGACUGCGUCAUGUUUUGAGCGGUGAAUGGAAAGGAAAACUGUCUUGGGCUGAUAUUUUGCUCAGCGAAUCUAAGAACUUUGGUUUCCUCCUUGGGGAGAAGAAGAAACAUUCACGGCAAAGUGACAUGGGCUGCUUAAGAUUUGCGUUUAUUUAUCGUGGGAAAGGGAUUAAUGAUUAUUCCUUUGGGGUCGUUGGGUUUUUCGUUUGUUUUGUUUCUUUCUUGAGUUUGCUGCUGGCUGGCAAACUAUUGUUGUGGUAUUAUUUAAAAACAAGAAGUGAUUAAACUCAGUGCUGUGAUAGGAAAAGCAGCGACACUAGAAGGAAACGUAGCAAAUGUAGCUAGACUCUGUAGAGAAGAAACCCUCUCCCCAAUUUAUACUUACACUGUCUUUUUAUUUGUUUCUGAAGGGCACGUUUACACAGUAAACAUAAUCUGGUAUGAAUCUGAUUUAACUUCCUGGCUUUAUCCAGAAAACCUCGGGAACUGUAGCUAUCUGAAAGUAGUCAGGGUAGAGACCUCUAGCUCAGGAUUGGAGGAAUGACUCUAGAUGUAAUUGGACUACAACUCCUUCUCUACCUUGUUCAUAAAACUAUUUCCUCCCAUAGUUUCUUGGGGAGCCAAAACAUUUAAACCAAUUUGAAACGGUCUUAAAUUUCUAAUGUAGACAUCACCAAAUGGUCUGCAUCUCCUUCCCACCCCAGGUUAUUGGUUGAACAAUUUGACUUAUUAUUUCCUCUUCAAAAAUUGCAGCUCAGACCGUGGGUAGAUCAAUGCCUUUAUUGAGGGUUUUUGAGAAAAACGGAAGUAAUGGUUGAAGUAAUGUGUGACCCAGUAAAGCUAACUGGAAUUGUGUGAUGUCUUAAAGACAAGGGAAGGAUGAUCUUCUGCUAAAGUGUGGGUUGAAAACAACCGACUGUCUUUUGCUUCAUGAGUUUAUGAGCAAUGUUUUGACUGUGAAAGAGGGCCUCUUGUUAUACAUUCUGUAGUAACCGGAAUGCUUAGCCACUGUAUUUUGCCCUCUAGGAAAUUCUGUCAAAUGAAGCAUAACCCUCCAUUAUUAGGCAGCCUAAUGUUCAAGGUGGGGGUCCUUCAUUUGCCAGAAUCGUCUUCUAAGCACAGGGAUUUGUAUGUAAUCAAUGCCGCCGUUCAAAAUUGAAAAUAAAUAUAUCUAUAUCUACA